CUCCCCAGCACUCAUGGAGUACGUCAGCACACGGGGAGGCGCGGGGGCCGUCAACUUCGAGGGAGCCCUCUUCUCCGGCUACGCACCCGAUGGGGGUCUCUUCAUGCCCCAGCGCAUCCCCUCGCUGGACAGGGACACCCUGCGGAGGUGGAGCUGCCUUUCCUACCUGGAGCUGGUGAAGGAGCUCUGCUCCCUCUUCAUCACAGCAGAGCUGGUCCCGCGGAGCAUGCUCAACGACCUCAUUGACAGGGCCUUCAGCAGGUUCAGACACAAGGACGUCGUCCAUUUGUCCAGGCUGAAAGAUGGGCUGAAUGUUUUGGAGCUGUGGCACGGAGUUACUUAUGCUUUUAAGGAUCUGUCCUUGUCCUGCACAGGGCAGUUUUUACAGUAUUUCUUGGAGAAAAACCAGAAGCACGUCACUAUUCUGGUGGGGACUUCAGGGGACACAGGGAGCUCGGCCAUCGAGAGUGUGAGAGGGCAGAAGAACAUGGACAUCUUUGUUCUGCUGCCCAAGGGGUUCUGCACCCAUAUACAGGAACUUCAGAUGACCACCGUCAUUGAAGACAACGUCCACGUUUUUGCUGCUCAUGGGAACAGCGAUGAAAUCGAUGAGCCGAUCAAGGAACUGUUCGCUGAUGUUGAUUUUGCCAGAAAAUACAACCUGAUGAGCUUGAAUUCAGUCAAUUGGUCGAGGAUUAUGGUGCAGAUUGCUCACCACUUCUACGCUUACUUUCAGUGCGCCCCGUCCCUGGAUACCACCCCGCUGCCAGUGGUGGAAAUUGUUGUGCCAACAGGAGGAGGAGGAAAUAUCACAGCUGGCUGUAUUGCCCAGAAAAUGGGUCUCCCAAUUCGACUUGUUGCCGUGGUUAACAGCAAUGACAUCAUUCAUAGGACUGUUCAACAUGGAGAUUUCUCACUGUCAGAGAGCGUGAAGGCUACAUUAGCAUCAGCCAUGGAUAUUCAGGAGCCUUACAACAUGGAGAGGAUCCUCUGGCUGCUCUCGGGCUCCGACAGCUGCCUGAUGAAAACGCUGAUGGAGCGAUUCAGCAUGUCGAAAAGCCUUAAGCUGCCGGAGGAUUUGCACAGAAAGCUCUCCAAGACCCUGCACUCGUGCUCAGCCUCCGAUGAGGACAUCGUGCGAGCCAUGCAACGCUGCUGGGAGGAAAAUCACUACCUGCUGUGCCCCCACUCCGCCGUGGCUGCUCACUACCACUACUCGCAGCCGGUCGGCACUCCCCGGUGCUGCUUAGCUCCAGCCUCUGCAGCCAAAUUUCAGGAUGCCCUGCUCCGAGCUGGCCUGGUUCCCCAGCUCCCCCCUGAAAUUACUGCCUUAACAGCGAUGGAGACCAGGUCCACUCCUCUGGAGCGGGGACAGGACUGGGCACGGGAGCUCCGGGAGCAGAUUGAAGCCGUGGCACAGCGGCGGGAGUGGGGGGUCACCGGGCAGGGAGUGACACAGACCUGA